AUGAAGACAUUGGGGCCGUCGCGAACACGCAGACACGGGAACGGUUAUCGGGUGGACAAUCGGUGUUUCCCCGACGCGGCGGGCCUGAGUCACCGGCGGCGGGCGGUUCUCGGAACCCGCAACCCUCUGGCGGGGGCGCUCGCUAAUGACCGGCCGAAAUGCAGCCGAAGCCGCGCGCGAAACUGCACCCUCGAAUGCGCGACA